AGUGGAAUUGUAACAAGUUCAGCUUCAGCGAAAUUCCAGAACUGUCAAGUAGGACAACAUACCACUGCACUUUGCUCGACGAUAUUAAAAAGCAAAGAUGAUACCGGAAACUUGACUUUAUUUACUGUCAGCAUUUCCGUUGUAGUUUCUGAUUUACGAAUAGCCAAUACAGUUAAUUCUGAUAAUUUACAUGCUUCAUAGCCUGCUUGUAACAACUAUGAGAGUUGGGACGUACAAUUAAUACCUCUGAUUGUCCACGUUUAGUUUUAUGUUGAGAUCGGAAGUGUUAUGAAUGUUAAACUCAAAAGGAAAAGCGAAGUUAUCGGGUAUUUCUUGUUUUAAGGGAAAUGCAGAGGACAAACUGGCUGUUACAGCUUCCUGAUGGACCGAUCCCAGAGUUUACAUCCGGCUGGAAGAAGUUACGCAGAUGAAGUGACAAUUGAACUACGGAUAUUCAAUGAAGAUGUGGAGACGACUUCGGGCAUCACGGAGGAAGUGGAAGGAGGUUUAGUGGAGCACCGAAUUAUAUUUGUGAACCGUCCACAACCAAGCAAAUACUGCAGUAAUCACAUCUCCACUGCCAAAUACAACAUGCUCUCUUUUGUACCAAGCUUCCUUUUUGAGCAGUUUCGUCGUUACUCCAACAUCUUUUUUCUGUUCAUCGCACUGUUGCAGCAAAUUCCUGAUGUGUCUCCUACUGGGCGGUAUACCACAUUGGUGCCUCUAGUGUUCAUCCUUAGUGUAUCAGCUAUAAAGGAGAUUAUUGAAGAUGUUAAAAGGCAUCAUGCAGACAAUGAAAUCAAUCAUCGUGAUGUUGAAGUGUUAAGAGAUGGUCACUGGCUUUGGAUACAGUGGCGAAAUGUAGUGGUGGGAGAUAUUGUCAAAGUGCACAACAAUCAGUUUUUUCCAGCAGACCUCAUUAUCCUAUCAUCAAGUGAGCCACAAGCAAUUUGCUACAUUGAAACAUCAAACCUGGAUGGAGAAACAAACUUGAAAAUCAGACAAGCACUGCCUGACACAGCGCAUCUUUUGGAAACAAAAGAUUUGACACAAUUCACUGGAACAUUGGAAUGUGAGCUCCCAAAUCGUCACUUAUAUGAGUUCACAGGAAUCUUGAAAGAAACAAACAAACAGACAUUACCACUGGGACCUGACCAGCUUUUACUUAGAGGUGCAAUGCUGCGCAAUACCAGCUGGAUAUUUGGCCUUGUGGUAUAUACUGGUCAUGAGACCAAACUCAUGAAGAAUUCUACCUCAGCUCCACUGAAACGUUCUACUGUUGAUAAGCUCACAAACACACAGAUACUGAUGUUGUUCUUCAUACUCAUUGUUCUGUGCCUGCUAUCUGCUAUAUUUAAUGAAAUAUGGACUAAGGAACAUGCAAGAACUGACUGGUAUAUUGGUAUUGAUGAAAUGAUUAAUCUCAACUUUGGAUAUAAUCUUCUGACAUUCAUAAUAUUGUACAACAACCUGAUACCAAUAUCCUUACAAGUUUCUCUUGAAGUUGUUCGUUUUGUACAGGCUAUUUUUAUUAAUAUGGAUAUUGAUAUGUACCACGAAGAAAGCGAUACACCAGCUAUGGCAAGGACAUCAAAUCUGAAUGAAGAGCUAGGACAGGUGAAGUAUAUAUUCUCAGAUAAGACUGGCACACUUACAAGAAAUAUAAUGGAUUUCAAGAAGUGUUCCAUAGCUGAACAAAUUUAUACUUUAGCAGAUAAUCCAAAUGACACAGAGUUAGUGAAGAAUUUGCAGUCUGGUCAUCCUUCAGCUCUCUACCUUAGAGAAUUCCUUAUUCUUAUGUCUGUUUGUCAUACAGUCAUUCCUGAGAAGAGUAAGGAUACAAUUAUAUACAAUGCUGCAUCACCAGAUGAGAGGGCUCUUGUUCGUGGUGCUUGCCUUUUUGGCUAUGUUUUUGACACCAGGACACCAAAUCAUGUAGAAAUAAGUGCUUUGGGAACAAGAGAGCGUUAUGAAAUUCUGAAUGUCUUGGAAUUUACAAGCAGUAGGAAAAGAAUGUCAGUCAUUACACGGAAUUCAGCUGGUGAAAUAAAGUUAUAUUGUAAAGGUGCAGACACUGUGAUAUAUGAAAGGUUAUCUCCAGAUGGGCAACAGUUUCGUGAGGCAACUCUCAGACACCUGGAAGAAUUUGCUACUGAAGGGCUUAGAACAUUGUGUUGCGCAGUUGCCAACAUAUCAGAAGAGGCCUAUGAGGAAUGGAAAAACACUUACCAUAAAGCAAGCACUUCAAUGCAAUAUCGGGAGAGGAAAUUAGAAGAUGCAGCAAACUUAAUAGAAAAUAAUCUAACACUUCUGGGAGCAACUGCUAUAGAAGACAAAUUACAAGAUCAGGUGCCUGAAACAAUAGCAGCUCUCAUUAAAGCUGAUAUACGUGUUUGGGUAUUGACGGGGGAUAAACAAGAAACUGCUAUUAAUAUUGGCUAUUCAUGUAAGCUGAUAGUUCAUGGAACACCACUACUGAUACUGAAUGAAGAUAGCCUCGAUAGUACACGAGAAACGAUAGCACGCCAUAGUUCAGAAUUUGGUGACCAGUUGGGCAAAUCAAAUGAUGUUGCUCUUGUUAUUGAUGGGAAAACUCUAAAAUAUGCCCUCAGUUGUGAUGUCAGAAGGGAUUUUCUUGACCUCUGUGUCAGUUGCAAUGUGGUUAUCUGCUGCCGUGUCUCCCCAAUGCAGAAGGCUGAGGUUGUGGAACUUGUUACAUCACAUACGAAAAGUAUUACACUGGCUAUAGGAGAUGGUGCAAAUGAUGUUGCUAUGAUCCAAAAAGCUCAUGUUGGAGUUGGAAUCUCAGGAGUUGAAGGUCUCCAAGCAGCAUGCGCAUCUGAUUACUCAAUAGCACAGUUUCGAUUUCUUCUGAAGCUGCUUUUUGUCCAUGGAGCAUGGAACUACAAUCGAAUGUGCAAAUUAAUAUUGUACAGCUUUUACAAAAACAUAUGCCUUUACGUAAUUGAACUGUGGUUUGCAAUAUAUUCAGGGUGGUCAGGACAAAUCCUGUUUGAACGUUGGUCUAUUGGGUUAUACAAUGUGUUGUUCACAGCAGCUCCACCACUUGCACUGGGUCUGUUUGACAAAGUCUGUUCUGCUGAGACAAUGCUGAAGUAUCCUGCUCUGUACAAACCAUCUCAAAAUGCUGAUCUGUUCAAUGUUAGAGUUUUCUGGGUAUGGAUCCUCAAUGCUCUUGUACACUCAGUACUGCUGUACUGGCUACCAUUAUUUGCUUUGCAGAAAGAUGUUAUAUGGGCCAAUGGACGAGAAGGUGGUUAUCUGCUUCUAGGAAAUAUUGUGUAUACGUAUGUCGUAGUGACAGUAUGUUUGAAGGCUGGCUUGGUGACAAAUGCAUGGACGUGGCUCACUCAUCUUGCAAUCUGGGGCUCUAUUGCCAUGUGGUUUAUCUUUGUUGCUGUGUACAGUAAUUUUUGGCCUGUCAUCCCUGUUGGAGCUGUUAUGCUGGGAAUGGAUCGAAUGAUGUGUACUUCACCUGUUUUUUGGCUUGGACUCAUUCUCAUCCCAUUUAGUACGCUGAUAGCAGAUGUGUCCUACAAGGUCAUCCAUUCGACAGCAUUUAAAUCACUUACAGAAGCUGCGAGGGAAAGUGAAAUCAGGAAAACAGACCCAGGAAAUGUUAUAAUGAGAGAAACAAGGCACUCACUGACGGAAACAGCAAGGCUCCUGAAGAAUGUGAGAAGUGUAUUUUCAUUCAACCGACGCUCUGCCACCAGGGUAAAUAUGGAAGUGGAACUUUCUCAUGGCUUUGCAUUUUCUCAAGAAGAAGGUGGUGCUGUCACACAAUCAGAAGUUAUUCGUGCUUACAACACCAACUUACCAAAACCGGGUGGCAUGUAAAAUUUAAGAGACAUUAUUAUUACAAUCCUGCAUGUGCAAAUGGGAUGACAUUUGGACUAGUUACUGCAGGGUUUAAUUUGCAAAUUAUUGCAGCUAUUGUAUUCUGUGAAUGCUGGUAUUAGUAUGCAUCAGAGAUUUCACAAAUGGUGUUUGUGGUGUAUGUCUGUGCGUUUGCUGUACAGUCAAUUUCAUAUUAUGUAAAGUACAUUUUUAUUUUUUAUUUUCAAACCAGUUCAGUGUUUCAUACUGAAUGGAUCUCAGUUGAAGAAAGGAAACAGGGUAAAUUAUGCUUUAUGUAACUGAUCUGAAACAUUAUAUUUCUUUAUUAUGAGUAUAUUCAACAAAAUUAAUUAAGUCUUAAGUGAGUACUUACUGUAGAUACCAACAGUAUUCAGCUUACAAAUAACUAAAUCAUCAGUGGCAAAUGCAUCACUGUUCAGAUAAAGUGUAAAUCUGACAAUGAGGUCACUAUUUCUGACUGUGACACUAUUUUCACAUUGAGUGUUCUUCCUUCCAUCAUCAGUACCUCCAGUUCUACUGUUCCUUAUGAAAAAUGUAUUUUGAUAGAAUAUGGUGUAGCUAAAGUCAAUAUCUGCUUGUCAGAUACAUUACUAAUGUUGUAAGUUGUCACUAUUUCAUUUUCUAUUAAUAAUGUAAUCAGGAGAGUCUUAGCAUAUGUGGGGACUUUUUUUAUUUUUUGUAGGCAUUUUUAAUAGUCACCCUCUUUUUUUAUAAUACAUGGACAUACAUUUUUGUUACUACAUUUUGACAUCAAAAAUCAUCAGUUCAGUGAGAUUUAGAGUAAGUUGUACACUUUGCCUCGUUCAAUUAUGUUAAAUUAUGUGUAACCAGUAUAGAACUUUAAACAGAGACUGAGUUGAAGUUAUAAAUAUUAACUCACUGGGGAAUAACAGUGAAAGUACCAUAACUCAUUGUCCAGCAAUAUUCAGUCAGAAACAGUGUUAUCAACCUGUUUCGCUCAUAACAGUAUGAAAUUUCAAACUAUAAUAGAGUAAAUUUUAAAACAAACUGUUAUCCAAAUAUUCUUUUUUCCUAGUACUGGGAAUCAGGUUUUUGUUUCUAUUGGUUUCAUUCAGUAUUGUAAGAGUAAGAAUUUAUGCUGUUUAUAACACAUAUUAAUUGUGCAUCCAGAGACGUAAUGGUUCUUAUACGCUUGUAUCAGCCUUUGUAUUUUAUAUAUUCAGGUUUUUUUAAAGUGUUGUGCAAGAGACAAAGUUACUGACAACAAAAAUUGAAAGAAAGAUGCUUCCCCUCCCCCCUCUCUGCUACAAAUGCAGAUUUAUUGUUAUGUGAAACAGUGUUACUAAUCAAGAAUCAGUAAUAUGUAAAUGAAUGUGGCAGCACGUCCAUCGUGAAUGUGGUAAAUAAAUUCAAAGAAAAAUUUUGUUAAUUGUACUAUAUAUGAAUGCAUUCUGAAUGUUCAUAUUUUCACUUUCGUAACUUAUAUUUAAAAUAAAAAGUAAAUUUUGCUAUUUUAAGUGUUUGUGUUGCAGAUUAUAUGCAAUAAUAUCGAAGAAACUAAUAAGCCUGUCACGACAUAUUACUUGUAACAAUUAUGUUUUUCACGUCUUGUUUUUUACCUGUGAAAGUCAUUGCUAUAAAUCUAUGAGUGUAACACCAUGUGCAAACACAAUUAUAUAUUUCAAUGGAGCAACACAAUUUUAUUGGUUAUAUCAAUAUGCAAUUGAAACAAAGAAUCACAUGCUCAGAUAUACCUGUAAUGGUAAGUGAUACACAAGGACAAUUCACUGUUUCAAAUUUUAUCAUACUUUCUUUAGCAGGACGGAGUGCUGUUAUAACACAUGAAAGGCAAUAACAAAUUUAUAGCUCAUCUUAUUACCCUGCACUCCAGUUUGAAAAAAAAAUCUUGCACAUUGAAAAAAUAGCUUUAUUACACAGACAUCCAAAUAUCAUCUGCUUCCACAUAAUGUGUUAAUAAGUACUAUAGUGUUUUCAAAAUUUUAUAACCAUGUCUGUCUUGUAGUAACAGUGAGUGAUGUAGCAAUGAAAUUUUGUGAUCCAGCCAGAUAUAUGCACAUACCAUGGAUAAAACCCCAAGGUAAACACAAAAAUGGCAACCUCUAUUUACAUUGAAGAUGGGCUUUAUAGCUCUAGGCCAAAAUAUUAUUUGUUGCUGUUGUCGUUGUCUUUAUGAAGUGUUGUCGUCGUCUUUAUGGAGCUCUCCCCACUAGUCUGUCUUGUUCAAGUCUCUUCAUCGCUGGAUAACAACUUCACCUUGCAUCCAUCUGACCUGUUUAGUGUACUAAAGCUUUGGUCUCCUUCGCCUACAAUUUUUGCCCCUUUACACUACAUUAUAUUACCAAAUUAACUCUUCCAUGCUGCCUGGCCCCCUUUUUUAGUCAAAUUUUGCCAUAAUGUUUUGUUUUCUCCUCAGUUUGAUUCAGUACCUCUUCAUUAGACAUCCAAUCUACCCAUCUAAUCUUCAGCAUCAUUCUGUAAAACCACUUUUCAAACGCUUCUGUUCUCUGCUUGUUUGUAGUGAUAUAUUCUCCAUGAUCCACUACUCUAUAAGACUACAACAUAGACAAAUAAUGUCACAGAAGAUUUUGUAACACUUAAAUGUAUGAAUAGUAGGCCACUUUGGCAUCACGCAGUAAACAACACACAACUUGCCUUGCAUAGUGUUAAUAAAUGUUGUACAUAAACCUUCUUCGUAUAUCAGUCUAUUAUUGAUGAAAACAGUGUCAGUAUCCUGAGGUACAUAUAGGCAGAAAAAACAUGGUGGAGAACUAUAAUUCAUCAUAGUUCAGCCAAUUUUCAGUGGAGCAUUUAUAAAUUGUAUGCACAAAUCUUUCUCAUGAAUCAGUUAUCUAAUAGUGAAAACCAUAUCAAAAUCCCUAAAAUAGUUCCUGAAACUAGCUGUCACAUACAGACAGAAAAACACAGUGGGGGACUUUAAAUUGUAUGUAUGUACCAUUGUUACAAAUUACUAUUUUUCAGAAAACUUUACUUGCUCUUGCAAGUCUGCAUCUUAUGUCCUCAUCUACUACUUUCAGUGCCUGAACUUAUAAUCCCAUUUCUCACCAUCACCUGAUUCAAUUUGACUAUAUUUUAUUAUCUGUUUUUUACUUUUGUUGAGGUUCAUUUUGUAACCUAUUUUCAUGACACCAUCAGUUCCUGUUAACUGAUCUUUCAAGUCUUUUGUUAAGUCUAACAUAAAGUUCUUAUUUCCUCCUUGUGAACUUUAACUUCCCUUUCUAAAUUUCUCCUUGGCUUCCUUACUUCUUGCUGGAUAAACAAGUUGAAUAACAUCAGGAAUAGGCUAUGGACCCCCUCUAAAUCCCUUCUCAACUAGUGCUUCCCUUUCAUAUCGUUUGGGUCUUAUAACUGCAGUGUGAUUUCUGUACAAGUUUUAGAUAAUUUUUUGCUCUUUGUGUUGCAUUCCUGCUAAAUUCUGACUUUCAAAGAGUGUAUUCUAGUCAACAAUAUUGAUAGCUUUCUCUAAAUCAUGUAUGCUAUAAAUGCAGGUUUGUUUUUCUUUGUUCUAUCUUUUAAGAUAUGUAGUAUGGUCGAUACUGUCUUGUGUGUCCCUACAUUUCUCCAGAAUCCGAACUAAUCUCUCACAAGUUCGCUUCUAGAACUUUUUACAUUAUUUUGUAACCGUAACAAAUGAAAGUGAUGGUGACAUAAUAUUCACACCUAUCAGCACAUGCCUUGUUUUGGACUGGGAUUGUUAUGUUCUUGAAGUCUGAGCAUUUUUCAACUAUAUAUCAAGCACUUGUAAUUGACCUAAAUAGCACUAAUGUAUUAACCACCUACCCAUCAAUGUUAGUAGUGCUGGUGAGUUGGAUCUAGGAAUUUUGCAUUUAGGUGCUGUGAGUUAUGUUUUGUGUUUCUGCAGAUAGCCAAAUCAUACCUUCCUUGUUACCAUAUAAUAGUUGUACCAAAUUGUGUAAGAUUUAUAUAUCAUCAAAACAAAUUGUGAUGCAUUGCUUUUUUUGUAUACGUCCUUUUUGAAGUCUACACGGCCAGAACAGAAAUGUUCUUCCAGUUAUGAGUGAGUUCUCAAAGAUGACGGUUAUGGGAAUUUAUUGCUUGUGCCUGUUCAUUCUUAAAUGCUUCUGUAUUCUUAGUAUAAGUGUCAAUUCAGGGUACCCAGUAUUGUUAUUGCUGACUGAAAUGCGAUGGUUUUUAAUGGAUCAAUUAGUGCCAUGAUCAUGUUAAAAGGUAACAUGAAGCUCUUUUGGAGUGUGCUGCUCUCUACAUAAGUUUCUGAUGUGUCUUCGUGCAUAAUAGAAGGGAGAAAAGUUACGAUUUGUAUGGUAUAGAGGACCUUGUAAUAGGCAUUGGCAUCAAAUAUGAUUUUGCUUUUGGAUUAUUAUAGUCAUUUUUUCUAGGAACUAAACGGUCAGAAAGGCAAGUGCUAGACAGCUUCCUUAUUUCAGAAAAUGCUGCGACAAGAUUUGAUGUGCUAUAAAUGUUUUAUCAAUUAAUUUUGGUGCUAACAGUAACCUGUAAAAUACCCUGGUCUUGUAGGUUAGGUACAUACCAAUAAACACAAAAGCAUUUGCAAGCAAUUAAUAUGUAAAUUAUGUUUCCUGUUUUUGACAACUAAUCUCCUUGAAUCUGUCAUCAUCCCCACCUCCACAUUUUUCCCCUUUUUUUCUAAUAAUGAUCUUUUUUUUUCUACCAUUCAUAUUGAUACCUUGCAGUAUUUGUUAAGAGUAAUACUACUGGAAGUUAACUAGGAGAAAUUUGAAGCCAAAUACUAUAGUUUUGAGGGGAGCAAUGACAGUGCUCCCCCAUGUUGAAAUCAGUCAGGUAUAUGAUGACUUAAACCUCAAACCAGAAUUGAACAGAUUCUAAUUUUAAGAGUAGUUUGGGACAAAAGAUUUUAUCAUAUCUUACACGUGAAUCAGCAUAAUAUGAACUAAAUGAACUAUUCAAAACUGCAUUUUAACAUUGUCAUUCAUUAGAACACAAUAAAGACUUGCAUACUCCUGCAGUUGCCAUAAGGAAGGAUAGGAUAAGGAUACAAGGAUACAAGGAAAUUAAUCGGUGAAGAGGAAUAAAAAACUCCACACUCUUAGAGUUCAGAGCUGUUGACUAAACUAAAUACUCUUCUUUAAGAAGAGUGUCAAAAACAUUCAAUCUCCACAAACUCAACAAGAGAACAAUUAAUAUGCCAGUAGUUGAAAGAUUAAUCAAAUGUGAUUCAUUUUUUUAAUUUCCACAAAGAAAUUUGUCUCACUUCACGUGCUAAUAUGAUUGUUUUAAUUCAUUGGCCUAUGUAUUUAUUAUUCUUUGAAGUUGUAUUAAGACUGUGCAGCAAAAUAAUAUUGUUGUAAUUUUAAGUGUUGUAGUUCGGUAUGCUUAAUUCUUCCUACAUGUGGCACGAGAAGUGUAUGUCUCAGAAUUGUCAAUUACAUUAAAACGCAAUGUUUCCUUACAGUAUGUAGCUUAUGUACAAAUUUACAUCUAUGUAUAUGUUAAUACUUUUGAGUGUUGCUCGUGAACCUUAACUCGCCUUACAAUUGUACAUAAGUGUAUAUUUGAGGAAAUAAGUUUUAUCAUGUGUGUGGUUGCACUGUAAUAUUGUGCAUCGUCAGAAAUAUACGUUGGAGCCCUGUGUCAAUAGUUUUGUGUUCUAUAAUGUAGUAUUUACAAACUGUCAUCAGUAACAUCAAGCUAGAUCAUCUCUCUCAUGUACCUGCUGCAGGUUCCAUUUGUCCUUUAGUAUGCCUCUACAAUCUUGUUUUGGAGGAACUUGUAGAUCCUAAAUUAUCUCCUAGAGUUGGCAUAUUGUCCUUGCACAGUAUGGUUACUACUGCGGUUUGAACUGGCAGAUG